AUGGGGGAAAUGCUUGUUACUGCUAGGUCGAGACACAGGAAGCUUGCAGUCGCACAAAACGUUCAGAGAGAAGAAGAAUUUUUGGGUGCAAAGAUUGUCUCUGCGAAACAGCCCAUUAGAUGCUUACAAAGAGAGAGGGAUGCACUCCUUCAAUUCAAGUCUAGACUUGUGGAUGACUACAACAUGCUCUCACCAUGGACCACUCCAGAUUGUUGCCAAUGGAAGGGAAUUCGUUGCAGCAACCUCACUGCCCAUGUUCUCAUCCUCGACCUUGAUGACAAUUUACUCAGCGGUGAGAUUCACAACUCAUUGAUGGAGUUGCAACAAUUACAGUAUUUGAACCUUAGUUUGAAUAAUUUUCAAGAGAGUCAUAUCCCAGAGUUUUUCUCUUCUCUUCACAACUUGAGAUCCCUUGAUCUCUCACAUUCUUCUUUUAGUGGAAAAAUUCCACGUCAACUUGGGUCUCUCUCACAUUUGAAAUACUUAAAUCUUGCUGGGAAUUCUUUGGAAGGUUCAAUUCCUUAUCAACUUGGAAAUCUCUCCAUGUUGCAGCAUCUUGAUCUCAGUGACAAUCCUUUAGAAGGAAAUAUACCAUCUCAGCUUGGGAACCUGUUCAACUUGCAAAAGCUUUAUCUUGGAGAAUAUGACAAUGCUCUCAAAAUGGAUGAUGGGAAUCACGGUGGAGGUCAGUGGCUGUCUAAUCUCACUUCUUUAACCCAUCUUUACUUGCUCUCUAUAUCUAAUCUCAACGGUUCUCAUUAUUGGCUGCAAAUGAUUGGCAAGCUUCCAAAACUAAGAGAACUAACUUUAUCUGAUUGUAGCCUUUCCGAUCGCUUUAUCCUUUCAAUGAGGCCUUCUAAAUUCAAUGUUUCUACUUCUCUUUCUGUCUUGGAUCUCUCUUACAACAACUUCACACCAUCCAUCAUAUUCCCAUGGGUGUCGAACAUUACUUUUAACCUUGCUGAGCUUGAUCUCAGUGGUAACCACUUGGAGGCUUCCCCAUCGAAUCAGACGGUUAAGCUACCGAAACUAAGAGAAUUAAGGUUAUCUUUUUGUGACCUUUCCGAUAAUUUUCUCCAUUCAGUGACUCCUUCCAACUUCAAUUUUUCCACUUCCCUUUCCAUCCUUGAUCUCUCUCACAACAGCUUCACAUCAUCCAUGAUAUUCCAGUGGGUGUCAAACAUGAGUUCAAAUCUUAUUGAGCUUGACCUUAGUUAUAGCCACUUAGAGGGUUCCACGUCUCAUUUUGGCAUAAUGAUGAAUUCGCUUGAGAGGCUUGACCUCUCAGGUAACGGACUCAAGGGUGGAUUUCUGAAAUCCUUCGUGAAUAUAUGCACCUUGCGUUCUUUGAACAUGCAAGGAAAUAAUUUAACCGAUGAUCUUCCAUCAAUUCUUCAUAAUUUGUCUGGUGGUUGUCUUAGAUAUUCAUUACAAGAGUUGUAUCUGAGCUAUAAUCAAAUCAUUGGCUCCUUAACUGACCUUUCAGUAUUCUCAUAUUUGAAAACAUUGGAUCUUUCUAACAAUAAUUUAAAUGGAAUACCUGAUGGUAGCAAAUUGCCACCUCAUUUGGAGUCUUUGUCGAUCCAAGGGAACUCUUUGGAAGGUGGUAUUCCAAAAUCAUUUGGGAACGCAUGUGUUUUGAGCUCAUUGGACCUGUCUUCUAACAAAUUGAAUAUAGAGCUCCCAAUGAUAAUCCAUCGUUUAUCUGGGUGUGCUAGAUACUCACUGCAAAUAUUGAAUCUGAGAGAAAACAAAAUCAAUGGCACGUUGCCUGACCUCUCAAUGUUUUCAACCUUGAAAACAUUGGAUCUUUCUGAAAAUAAUUUAAAUGGAAUACCUGAUUGUAGCAAAUUGCCCCCUCAGUUGGAGUCUUUGUCGAUCCGAUCGAACUACUUAGAAGGUGGAAUUCCAGAAUCAUUUGGGAGCACAUGUACUUUGAAUUCGUUGGACCUUUCUUCUAAUAGUUUGAGCGGAGAAGUAACAGGGAUAUUUAGUCACUUUUCUGGGUGUUCUGGAUAUUCACUGGGAGAUAUAAAUCUAGAAGGCAACAAAAUCAAUGGCAAAAUAUCUGACUUCUCAAUGUUUUCAAAAUUCAGUAGUGUUAGGCUCUCAGGGAAUCGAUUAGGUGUGAAGAUACCUAAAAGCAGCAUAUUAUCAUUCGAUCAAUUGGACAAAGAGAGUGGAGUUCCAAAUUCAUUUCAAAAUGCAGGUACUUUGCAAUCACUGGACCUGUCCAAUAAUAGUUUGAGUGAAGAGCUUCCAACGAUAAUCCAUCACCUGUCAAGAUAUGCUAGAUACUCAUUGCAAGUAUUAGAUCUAAGCAAGAAUCAAAUCAACGGCACUCUGCCCAACCUCCGUCCACUGCUCCCAUCUUUGAAAGAAUUGGAUCUUAGUGAAAACAAGCUUAAUGGGACCAUUCCUAAAGAUGUUCAAUUUCCAACAGAACUAAGGAGUUUAUUUUUGAAUUCAAACUCUAUGAAAGGUGUGAUCACUGACUCCCACUUUGCUAAUAUGUCGAAGUUAGAUUGGUUGGACUUGUCUGAUAACUCAUUGGCCUUGGCAUUUACCCACAGUUGGGUCCCACCAUUUCAGUUGUUCAACGUCAUAUUGAGAUCUUGCAAGCUAGGUCUGUCAUUUCCCAAAUGGUUGCAAACACAAAAUAGCGUCUACAAUAUUGACAUUUCUGAUGCUAGAAUAUCAGAUAUUGUUCCACGGUGGUUUUGGGCUAAAUUAGCAUCGCAGGACUGCAUGACAAUGAAUAUUUCACACAACAAUCUCAAAGGUGUAGUUCCAGAUUUUCCAGUAAAGUUUCUUCCAUAUUCUCUUAUUCUUGCAUCGAAUCAAUUUGAAGGUCCAAUACCACCAUUUCUACGACGUUCAACGUUUCUUGAUCUAUCAAACAAUAAAUUUUCAAAUUCUCUUCCAUUUUUAUGUGCCAGUGGUGUAGCCGAAAAUCUAUACAGCCUAGAUCUUUCAAACAACGAAUUAUCUGGACAAAUUCCAGAUUGUUGGAGCCACUUCAAGUCACUAGUCUAUCUAGAUUUGAGUCAUAAUAAAUUUUCAGGAGAGAUUCCUACUUCAAUAGGAUCACUUCAUCAACUUCAAGCACUGCUAUUGAGAAACAAUAACUUAACAGAGGAAAUUCCUUUCUCGUUAAGAAGUUGCACGAAGUUAGUAAUGAUAGAUAUGGCAGAAAAUGAAUUAUCAGGACCUAUCCCUACUUGGAUUGGAAGCACGUUGCAAGUGUUGCAAAUUUUAAUCUUAGCAAGGAAUCAAUUCUUUGGAAUGCUUCCAAAGUUUCACUUCAAUGGCUCGAAAGACUUCUUCUCUAGCAACAACUUCUCAGGAGAAAUUCCAGCAGAAAUAGAGGAUUUAUUUGAAUUGAUAUCACUGAAUUUAUCAAGAAACAAUUUGAGAGGAGAAAUUCCUUCAAAUAUUGGAAAGCUUGCAUCACUGGAAUUUCUUGACUUAUCAAGAAACCAAUUUGUUGGUUCAAUUCCAUGGAGUCUUACUCAAAUAGAUCGACUCAGCAUGUUAGAUUUGUCGCAUAACAAUCUAAGUGGAGCAAUUCCAACUGGUACACAAUUACAAAGUUUCAAUGCUUCCAGUUAUGAAGAUAAUUUUGAUCUUUGUGGGGCGCCACUUGAGAAAUUGUGUGUUGAAGGGGAACCACCGCAAGAACCAACUCAAGAGAAAGAGAAAGAUGAUUCGCUCUUCACUCGUGGAUUUUACAUUAGCAUGACCUUUGGAUUUGUUAUAGCCUUUUGGGGGUUCUUCGGCUCAAUCUUGAUCAAGCGUUAUUGGAGGCAUGCUUAUUUCAAGUUCUUGAACAAUUUAAUAGACUCUCUUUAUGUCAUGGUUGCAAUUAAACUUAUCAAGUACAAGGGUUGA